AUGAAACUACCAAUCGCCGUACUAUCAUCAAUCCUGCUUGUUUGCUCAGUCACUAUUGCCAAACCAAUUCAUCCCAGUACGACUACAGAUACUGUAUAUAACCCCUCGUCAGCUUCUAAUACAAACGGUGCAAGCUUGCGCAGUCUUGUUUUACCUCCAGUUGACAUGAAGAGUUUGCUCAAAGAAUACUCAAAAGUACAUAAUGACUAUAAUAGGAAAAAAAAGGAAUGCGAAUUGAUAGAUCUUGAACAUAGUAAUCUACGGAGUAUCAAGAAUCAUCUGGAAAAAAAGAUUUCUAAUUUGGAGCGUAAAACUUUAACAAACAAGCUUAAACUAAAAUCCAACAACGGCAACGAUCGAAUGAAGGAGCUUGAGCAGAAACUUGAAAAAGAAGAGUCUGAUUUUGGUUUUCUUCAAAGAAAAAAGAACAGGUGCAAAUUCGAGCUUAGUCGUUUCGAUUAUGAUUUGGAACUUAUCAAAAUAAGUCUUGUGGAGUUCGUUUCUGAAGAACCCUUCAAUGUUCAAACAUUCGAUGGCCAACUUUUGCGUAUCCUUUCACAUCCUGUCGUUAAACAAUACCUCGGCGAAUUAUGUGAACAAUCAUCAGCAUGCAGUGGUGGCUCUGGUCAAAGCUCUAACUUUGAACAGCAACGUCAAGAUCCACAACCGUCACCGCAAACACAGUCUGGAUUUCACUCCUUUGGACAGAGACUUUCUUCCUUUAAACAUAGAGUUUCCUCUGGUAUACGUAAAGCUUUCUCCAGAUUUGGUGAUAGGUUUAGAUCGCUAAUCGACCAAUUCAGAUGUGGUAAUCGAUCCGAAUGUUAA